CGGUCAUGGAUGAAAGUUCGAAACGAAGUGCGCGCGCUGUCAUUUCCCACACGUUUUAUUUUACGUCGUUGGUGUUCUCUGGUACGAAAACUGCUGCACCUCGCAUGUUGAGCGUUCCAGUGUGUGUGGUUAUAAAUAGUGAUUUCAUAGUUGGUGAAGGCGAGCUCGACGUCCAGAUUUAGAUAUUUUGGAAGAGAACUCGUGCUAAAUAUAACCGUGAUGUAGAACGUGCUGCCGUCGUGCGAUUCGACUGCGGGCUCGAGCAUUCAGUGGAGCGCGAACUACUGCGCUUUGUGAUCGCAUAAAGUGUUGUGACAAUGGGUGAUAUAUCGGAGCCAAUUAAGAAAUGCAUCCUCAUAUUGAAGGCCGCCAAAAGCGACACGGAAAAGUUCGCAGCACUGUUCAUGGUGACAAAACUCGUGAAGAGCAAGGACUGUAACACGCAAGCUAAGAAGGCUCUGUUUGAAGCCAUUGGAUUCAAAUUUCUAAAGAAGUUGUUAACCAAUACAAGCAUUGAAGAUGAUUGCCCACCAUCUGUGUACAAAUCAGUGGCACUAUCCAUACUUACAAACUUCUGCAAUGACCCCGAGCUGGCCAGGCACCCUGAAAUGCUUGUCAACAUCCCAGUGUUCCUUGACAUAGUACAAACAUCAGAUAAUGAUGAUUAUGAUGACAACCUUAUUAUCAUCAGUGAAGCUUAUACUUGCUUGCAGUGCAUUGCUGAACAUGAAGCAGGACAAAAAGCACUUAUCGAAGUAGGUGCCAUAACAAAGAUGUCCGAAAUAUAUUCACACCAAAGUUUUCAAACAGAUGAAGCACUUAAUAUUCUUGUGAAGCUUGUUAGCAGAUAUGGACCUGCUGCUUGGGGUAAUGAUCCAAAACCUUUUCAUGCAUUGGUGAAUAAAAUUGCUUUGGACUUUGCUACUGAUCAGUCUGAAAGGAAAUUUGAAUUAGCAACCAUUUUAAGUGCACUAUUAUACAGCUGUAACAAGGCUACUGUUGUGCCCAGUUCAUCAGAGGAGACAUGGCCACAGAGUAUUUACAAAGCCCUCCAUGAUAUACUUACCAGUAAAAUUGGCAAAAACCAAAGAGAUCCAGCACUUAAGCUCGCUGCCAAUAUUGUUGAUUUACUUGGCAUUGAGUGGACUUUGAAUGAUGAAGAAAAUCCCAAGAAAUUUUUCCUUUUACUCCUUCAACUAUGUGCCAUUGAAGUUAGAAUGCAACUUGAAGACAGGAGCUUCAAGCAAGCUUUUGCUAAUGCAGACCUAGUUACUGCUUGCUUUAUUGUUUUGGAAUUAUCAAUAAAUUACAUGGCUACUGAUCAACUUGAUCUUGAACAGAAAGAGAAGCAAUCUGUGUAUACAAGUCUCAAGGGUGCAUUCAAUGCUGUUGUAUCAAUUUUGACAAAAGUAGCAAAUGAUAAGAACAAAGAUAAGUUACCUGAUGCUGAAAAGGUGUUUGUUUGUGCAAUGGUCAGAGUAUUAGUGGCAUGGAUUGCACAAGAAACAACAGCAAUGAGGGAACAGAUUUAUGCCCUUCUACCGUUUGUGUUUUCUCUUGCAAAUGAUUCCUUCCAUGCACACCGGGCAAGGAAAUUAGCUGAAAAGAAUAAAUCUGAUGGGGAACCCAUGGAAAUGGAAACCACAUUGAUGGGUCAAAUUGACUUACUAAGACUAAUGUUACCUGCCUUAUGCCACUUAGUUGUUGAAGAUAAAGCUAGAGAUAUAGUUCUAAACUUAAAACAGGAAGACAUACUUUAUGAAGCUAUGAAUUUCCACUGGUCAAUUGUACAUUAUAAAAAACCUCCCGUGCCAAAGUCUGAAAGACUAAAAGUCAAAACUCAACCAGAACCCGAGUUAGAUCCUCAAGUUUUAGAAGACAUGAAAGAUUCAAGGGCAGCCUUGGUCAGCCUUUGUAACAUUUUUAUGAAUUUAACAGUCCUGGCUCCUAAAGUUGUUGAAAACAGUUUAUUAUUCAAUACUUUGUUGAAAUUCAUAUUCAAUAACUUGCCAGAACUAAAAGAUAUUCCUGAUAACCUUGUACUACAUGGUCACUUGGCUGUCCUUGGGUUACUUCUUCUGAAACAACAAGCAAGUAAAGUGAAGAAAAAUGAUUUUUCAAUAUGCAGGUAUAUCCAGUCCACAAUUAGAUUUCUUUGGGAUGCUUAUAAUGUAGAUGAAUCAAAUGAUCCAACAGCUUUAGUAGUUUCUAUGACUUAUAAAGAGCAUUGGAAUGAGAUAGCUGAUUUAUGGUUCCUUGGUAUGCAGACCAUGAGUGGAGUUUUGACCAUAGUGCCAUGGAUAUCAGAGUUUGCAAUAGAAAGUGGUUGGGCGCAAGGAAUAGCCGAGAUGCUCACCAAAGUUAAAGUUGGAACUCUACCUCCAAACGUGAAGUCUGCCUUUGAGGACUUCCUCUGUAGAUUAGUGGACUCUAAUGAGGCUGUCAUACCAGUUUUAAAGAAGGGUGGAGCCCUGAAGAUGUGCAGGAACCACCGGUUGAUGGAAUUAGGAAAGAAGUUGUUCGGAGAUUAACUCCAAAUUACUGUUAAACUCUGUACCUUACUACUAGUGUCUUGUUUUUCAUUUUUGUAUUAAAAUGUGUACUUAAUUUGAAAACUUGUAAA